AUGGCUGAUUUACAUAUUCAAAAUCAACAACAACAACAACAACAACAAUCAUCAAUGGCUGAUCAUCUUGAUCAUCACAUUCACACUCACAACACUUCUGUCAAACGCCGCCGUUCACGUCCAUCAUCUUCCUCCGAUCAACAACGCUCAUCCAAGAAGCAUUCUUUCGACCAAGAGAAACUCGCUCGUAAUGGCUUCUCCGCCAUUACUCUUCCUAUCAGUCUCUGCGGUAAUGUUCUUCGCGGAUCUGUCUCGGAUCCAUCAUACACUUUGCAGGAACAAACAAUGCCGGUAAAAGGGUCAUCUGGUUUGCCACCUAAGCCACAGGCUAUCAGUAGAUGUAACUCUGAAGUUAUUGAUCCUGCAACUGUUAAAGCUGCAGUUUCGCAUUGUUUGAAAUCUGAAGAAAACACUCCUUCUCCUGAUUCAAAGAGGCUUAAAAGGAUGAAGGAACGGUUAACAGAAAUGAAACAAUGGUGGGAUGAAAUUAUGAAAGAUGAUGAUGAAGAUGAUGAAAAAGAACAAGAAAAAGAAGAGGAAAAAGAACAAGAACAAGAAAAAGAACAAGAAGAGGAAAAAGAACAAGAAGAAGAAGAAGAACACUCUAAUGAAGAAGAAGAAGAAGAACAGUCUCUUGUUGCUGAAGAUGACAAAGUUUCACCUCAGUCUCAGGAUGAAAUGGGAGCUGAUUAUGAAGAAGCUAUUAGUGUAGAGUGGGUUGAAAAGUGCUUAAGCCUUACUUUUAAGUGUCCAUGUGGAAAGGGAUAUGAGGUUCUAAUAAGUGAAAACAAUUGCUACUACAAGUUGGUGUAG